AUGUUUGGCGCCAUAUCCAGAGGAUCGCGGCUUGCCCGCGUCCUCACAGCUUCGCUGCUCGUUGCUGGCCGUCUUGUCCAUGCUUCUGGCUACACCUUGGAUAUGACUUCUGAGCAAUCCGUAAAAGAUACCGCCAAGGGCCUCGCCGACGACAUGCUUUCCUUUUACUCUGGCAACAAGCCCGGUGGCACACCAGGCCUGCUCCCCUCACCAUACUAUUGGUGGGAAGCCGGUGCCAUGCUGGGCGCCCUCAUCGAUUACUGGUAUUACACCGGAGACGACGAAUACAACGACCUAGUCAGCGAGGGUCUGCUCUUCCAGGUCGGCACCAACAGAGACUACAUGCCCAACAACCAGACCCUAACCGAGGGUAACGAUGACCAAGGCUUCUGGGGCCUUGCUGUCAUGUCCGCCGCCGAAUACAACUUUCCCAAUCCACCUGCAGACAAGCCCCAGUGGCUCGAGCUUGCCCAGGCCGUCUUUAACACCCAGGCUGCUCGAUGGGACACGGCCGAUUGUAACGGUGGCCUGCGCUGGCAGAUCUACCAAUGGAACAAAGGUUAUGACUACAAGAACUCAAUUUCUCAGGCCUGCUUCUUCGCUCUCGGCGCUCGACUCGCCCUUUACACCGGAAAUCAAACCUACGCCGACUGGGCCGAAAGGACUUGGGACUGGAUGUGGGGGACUGGAUUCAUCAACAACGAAACAUACUACGUCAUUGACGGCGCCGCCAUCGGUAGCAACUGCACCACCUAUAGCCCGUAUCAGUUCUCGUACAAUGCCGGCGGCUUCAUUCUCGGCGCAGCCGCCAUGUACAACCACACCGAGUCCAAAGCCUGGAAAGACCGCCUCGAUGGCCUUAUCAAAGGCUCCCAGGUCUUUUUCGUCGGCGACAACAACGACAUCAUGUCCGAGGUCGCCUGCGAGCCCGUCGACCGCUGCAACAUCGACCAGCAAUCCUUCAAGGCCUACUUAUCUCGAUGGCUCGCUGCUGCCACCCAAUGGGCUCCCGACGUGUACGACACCGUGAUGCCCUAUCUCAAGGCCUCGGCCAAGGCCGCCGUGAAUCAAUGCGUCGGAGGCGACAAUGGCAGAAUGUGUGGAUUGAAAUGGGCGAGGAACGAAGGCAAAUAUGACGGGUCCACUGGCGUUGGCCAACAGAUGGCCGCCUUGGAGGUCCUUCUAGCCACCACCAUCAAGGACCGCGCAGCGCCGCUGACAGCCGAUUCAGGAGGCACCAGCAAGGGCGAUCCCAAUGCAGGCUCCAGUGAUAUUGGCAAGAAGAAUCCGAUCCCGACUUUCGACCCUCCAACUGCCGGGAUGAAGGCUGCUGCCGCUUUCAUCACAAUGGCCAUCUUGAGUGGUAUUUUGGGCGCCGUCGCCUGGCUGCUCUUUGACGAGACAUCGGAUAAGAAAAUCGUGGCCCAAGUCAAGGGAUCGAUUGCCAACUUCAAGUCCACCAUGGCUGGCGGGGCGGCCGCUGGAGCAGGCGUCGGCGUGGUCGGCGCGGCAGCCAGGGGCCGUCGCAGCUCGCCGGUGGAUGAAAAGGGCGUGCAGACAACGACGGGCUACGUCAGCGAUCGUAGCUCCCACAUUAGUGAAAAGGCCAUGGAGGACAUGCCUGUGACCGUCAACCGUGUGCGCAGAGAUAGCAGCAACAGCACACGCCGACUCUCCAACAUGCCGCUUGGAUGGCCACGAAAUUCGGUGGCGCGCCCUGGACUCGUCGGCCAGGCCGUAACGACGGACGAUGCCGAUCGCAUCGAGCCCGUCAACCCACGCCACAGCAGGACAUGA